AUGAGAGUCUGCGUACUUGGCUCUGGCUUUGCUGGCCUUAUCACAGCGCAUGUGCUUCUCUCGGAUGGAUUCGACGUAGAAAUCGUGACCGGCGAUGCCACGCCUGGCGGGGUGUGGUCUCGUGCCAGAGUUUACCCCGGCCUGAAGAUCAAUAAUGUCUAUGGCGAAUACAGAUUCUCCUUCUUGCCCAUGGCCCCACCCGAGAACGCCGAUGGACAUAUGUCCGGCGACGACAUGUGCGCAUACGCGGAGACAUUCGCGGAACGUUACCUCGCACGUCACUUCCGCUACAACACAUUCGUUCGGAAGCUGCAUCGCUUGAAGGAUGGCUGGCAGCUUGACACGGUCCAUGUGCAUACGGGCGCUGAAGAAGUUCUGCACUAUGACAAAGUAGUGCUUUGCACCGGCGCUUGUCAUGUACCACAUGUCCCGGAUACCUUGAAGAGCGAGGCGGCGGAUGCGUCGAAGUUCGCCGGUUUGGUCUUUCAUUCUCGUGAUAUCGGGGAUCGUAUACGAAAUGGAGACCUAAAGGCCAAAUCUAAGAUUAUAGUGGUGGGAGGAGGAAGAUCGGCGCAAGACGCUGCCAAGUAUCUCGCGAAUGCCGGCCAUAGUGUCUCUAUCGUAUUCGAGAAAGCAGACGCUUUCUUAGCCGCUGCCCCUCCUGGUCUCCCCGAUUUCAUUCGAAGAAGCCGCUUUUUGUCUAUCCUGUUGCCGCAUUCCUCUUUGGACUCGAGGCUCGAACGCUUCCUACACCGAACCCGCGUCGGUGCAAUGAUAGUGCAUGCCACGCUUGGUGCUAUCAUACGAUCCUCAUUCUCGGCUAUGUCUAUCCCAAAAGACUCGCCGCUUCGGAAUACGCAUUCCUUCUUCUGGGGUGUGCGGAUCAAUGAUGAGGGCACGCCUUCCCCCGACUCGUUCUUCGCAUUGGUAAACUCUGGGAAGAUCACCGUCCACUCACCCGCACGAGUCUCUGGCUACGCGCGCGAUGGGAGUGGCGUAGAACUCACGGGCGGCCGUGUACUGCCUGCUGAUGUUGUGGUACUUGCGACUGGAUACAAGUCGUCUUGGGACGGCAUACUCGACGAUGUCAGGGAUGAACUCGGCCUUCGAUGCGAUCUCUCAGAGCACGACGAACAAGCGUUCAAAGCCGAGUGGCAGUAUGUCUCCAUGGCCAACCCGCCCCCUUCGCGUCCCGAUGCACCGAUCGCCGCAUCCAUCUAUCGAGGACUUGUGCCCGCCCAAACCCUCGACAGGCGUGACUUUGCUAUCAACGGCGCCAUCUUCACGACCAACAAUGGCUACGUACUCGAGAUAUCGGCUCACUGGAUAUCGUCUUACUUCCUUCGUGAUGCCUUUCUCACCAUCCCGCGUUCCCCCGAGGAAGCCUCGCACCAUGCGCGCAGAACCGCAGCAUGGCUACGCCGGCGGCAUCCUCGCCAGCUCGGCUGGACAAAUGAGAGUUACAGCGCCGGCAUCGCUUUCUUCGAUUGGCCACAAGCGAUGGAUGAGCUCCUCCAAGACAUGCACCUGCGCACGUACAGAAGCGGCGGGAACUGGCUCACUUGGCCAUUCAAAGUGAUCGAUCUUUCGCAGAUCGCGACUUUGAAUGAGGAGCGCAGAGCGUUGCGAGAGGGUAACGUAGCGUAG